GUUGAAAUUAUGUAAUCCGAUUUCUUUUGGCUAUAAAUAUAAAUUACAAGGUGCUUGUAAUUGUGGUAUUCAAAUUAAAACUUAAAAUUUUAUUGUACAAAAAUAUAGUAUUGUAGACAAAAAUGCAGAUACUCUCUUUCAAUUUUUUUUUAUACACCAUCAGUGGUAUGUGGCGACCAAUCGAAUGGUCUUCGAAAUGUUCCAAGAUACUGUAUAGCUUGCUCACUUGCUUAACGACAUAUUUGUUAACAACUCUAAUGCUGACUCAGUUGCUGGAUAUAAUUUUUGUUGUCGACAACGUGGAUGAUUUUACGACAAAUUCCUUAAUGCUACUUUCGGUUAUCAGUGUAUUAUUCAAAAUAGCUGCUGCUAUAACACGUCGCGAUGAAAUUGUCAAUUUGAUCGAAACAUUACAGAAGAAACCUUGCAAAGCUUACAAUGAAGAGGAGAGCCACAUCCAGAUGAAGUUCGAUCGUUUGAUCAGAUCAUAUUCCAUAAGUUACACAUCUCUGGCAUCGUUUUCUGCCACUGGUACCAUAAUAGGAGGGAUGCUCAAUAUUUUAGAGGGUCAAUUACCCUAUAGAAUGUGGGUACCGUACGAUUACACCUCGCCCUGUUUAUUCUGGUUUACAUCAAUUCAAGAGCUCGUGGCUGUAAUUUUUGGCACGAUUGUAAACGUCGCGACAGAGACCACGGUAUUGGGAUUUUGCUUACAAAUAUGUGCACAAAUUGAGAUUUUGAAACAUCGUCUGCAAAAAAUGAUGAAAUCGAGCAAGAAAGAAAAAGCUCCCAGAAUUUCGUUGAAUGAUACAUCAAAUGAAACAGGCAGAUUAUCGGAGCAUAUUUUACAUCACCUGUGUAUAAUCAGGCUCGCCAAAAUUAUCAACAAGAUAUUCAGCCAAGUGAUCUUUGUCCAAUUUUUCGCCAGUAUAUUGGUAUUGUGCUCAAGUCUGUAUCAUUUGUCUUCUCACAUGACAAUUACAGACAUCGCCACUUUAAUUAUUUAUGCACUUUGCAUGUUUGUUCAGAUUUUUGUUUAUUGUUGGGCUGGAAACGAAGUUAUACUUAAGAGUUCUGGAUUGAGCGAAGCUAUAUAUCAAAUGGAUUGGAUAUUGAUGCCAGUUAACGAACAAAAGGAUCUAUUAAUGAUUAUGAAGCGUAGCACACGAUCUAUCAAGUUUACUAGUAGCUUUUUGGUGACAAUGUCUUUGGAAUCUUAUGCCAAUCUUCUGAAAGCAUCUUACUCUGCAUUUAAUCUUUUGCAACAAUCUUAAGAUUUAAUUUAUUCUUUCACAAUAUAUCAUGUAUGCGAUAAUUUAUAAAUAAAUUACUCAUCGUAGAAUGUGAAAUUUCGAUAUAUCUUUUUUUAUAGCAG